CCGUGUUUUCCCUGCUGUUUUCCAACGCAGGAAAAGGCGUAAUUUUGAAGUGCGUUAACGAGCGGCGAGAAGAUUCGCCCGGAAAAAGGGGCUUUUCAAUUGUACCCCGCGGAGUGAAUAAAGGAAAACAACAAUAGAAAUUUAAAUAUUCAUGAACAGUGUCGAUUGUCAUCAAUUGUGUGUGUGUGUGUGUGUGCAAAGAGUGUGUGUGGUUUUUCACAUCGCAACCGACAAACAUUGCCGAGGACAUUUCCCGCUCCUUCUGCCAAUCAUUUAGCAGGCGACAUGGAACGUCAUUGUCAAUCAGCAAACAGGAAAAAACAAUAACAACUAACAAACAACAAACAACAAACAGCAGAUAACAAUAACAAUAACCAACUGUGUGUCAAAUGUCAGCCGCAUAAAACUAGGAUUUUGCAUACUUAAUAUGUACUCUUAACAUGCAACUGCAAUUAGGCAUGUUUAAAUGCGUGGGGCGGGCAUGGGUUUAUUUUCUGGGCUAAAAACAAAACCAGCCAAUUGACAGUUGACAUUUGUAACGGAUUAACCAUGAAAUUAAGCCCCCUAAUCGCUUACUCGCUCGUGCGUGUCCAUAAAACUGUCAAAAUGAAUAAAUAAACUGUCAAUUGCAACCAGCCCUUUGGCGCCGCAAAGUAUGCAGCCAAAUGUGCCGGGUUCCCACUCGAAAGCAAAAGCAAACAUCGAACAUUGAGCAUUGAACAUUGAACACUGAACACACACACCUCCUUUCGUCCUUCGUCCUUCGUGUGAUUUAUGCUCAGCCAGGCGUGCAAAUAGAAGAGCGGGCAGGUCCUGCUUUUAUGCCCCAAGUGAGGUCGCAAAAAUGACGCGAAAAUCGUCAAGCAAUUUCACCCGAUUUUUUUUUUAUAUGAGAUAGAUAAGGCACACGGAAAAAUAAUAGCAAAUAUAAUUUAUUGUGAACAAACUAAAGGUAAACUUAAAGUGAACUGAGAUAAAACCGAGAACAGCAGCCGAGUCAUAAAAACACCAACGGCAACAGCAAGCCAGCCGAAUAUUGCUGCUGUGAGUUUGUGAUUAAAUGUUUCAUCGACGGCUAGCGAAAAAGUAAAAGUUUAAGUAAGCAUAAAACAAAAUAUAAUAGCAACAACAGCGAAUGGCGCAUUAUGCUGCUAAAGCCGACAACGACGGCGGCAGCAGAAGCAGCAACAGCAACAGCAGCAGCAGCAACAUUAGCAGCAGCAACACCAGUAACGGCAGCAACAUCAGCACUUAAAUGCAGCAACAAGAAAAAUCAGCUGAAAACUGGCAAAUAAAACUCAACGACAGGCAAAAACUAUUAAAUCUCGCUGGAUGCCUGCGGCAAUAGUUCUUGUUAAACAACACAGGCAGCAGCAGGAGCAGCAGCAGCAGCAACAGAAGGAGCAGGACCAACAGCAACAUCGGCAACAGGAGGGGCAACAAAUUUGCAAUAUAAAUUUAUGCGGAUUUUUGCGUCGCAGCGGCGCCGACGACGUCGACGUCAUCGAAUCGCGUAGCCCAGGCCAUGCUGCUGAUGUCGACGUCCCAGCAGCAACAUCAACGGCAGCAACAGCAACAGCAGCAGCAGCAGCAACAAGCAGCAGUAGCGUACCAGCAGCAACAUCAUCAGCAGCAGCAGCAGCAGCAGCAGCAACAACAAGGGCAGCGGCGACGACGCGAGCAGUUAUUAUAAUAAUGGCGUUAGUUGUUAGCAUAAUACAGCAAAAACAACCAUCGGAACAGCAGCAACAACAAUCGCUACUCUGGCCAUUCUAUAACGGACUUGCUGCGGCGGCAGCCUCCACUGGACAACCGGAUGACUCCAGUGAUGGGCCAACCUUGUCGACAUUCCUGUCAUCAUCACCGUCGCCAGCAGCGGCAUCCUCAUCCUCAUUCCCAUCGCCAUCGCCAUCCCCAUUCCCACUUCCAUCCAGUUUUUCAUCGUUUGCGGUGGCGAAAGGGCCGCAAACGGAAGCCACGAAUCACACUUUCAAGAGUUUAGCCUUCCUGGGCGCGUCCUUUGGCUCCGAUCUGUUCGCCCAAAAGGACACAGAGCGGGAAAGGCAGGCGGAAGGGGAUCGGGAUGGUGAGGGGGAAGCACAGGACACAGACUCCUCGCAGUCGCUGCCAAUUUUCGACUUUGGCAUGCCGCGCAACAUCACCGGACGCACUGGCCACACGGAGGCCAUAAUUAAAUGCCGCGUGGACAGUCUCCAUGAUAAAUCGGUAUCCUGGAUACGGAAACGUGAUCUGCAUAUCCUGACCGUCGGCACCGCCACCUACACCACGGACAAGCGAUUCCAGGUGACCGAAUCGAAGGAUUCCAGGGAGUGGACCCUCCAUGUGAAAUCCCCGCUGGCGAAGGACAGUGGCAUCUACGAGUGCCAGGUGAACACGGAGCCCAAAAUGUCGAUGGCCUUUCAGCUAAACAUCAUCGAAAUCUCUCCGGAUGCCAAAGCGGUCAUCAGUGGUCCACCCGAUCUGCAUUUUAAGGCGGGCAGUGCCAUCAUCCUGAACUGUUUGGUGCAGCAGCCGUCGGUGAAGGAUAUAGGACCGAUUUACUGGUACCGCGGCGAGCACAUGAUCACUCCCUUCGACGCCGACGAUGGUCAGCCGGUGGUGCCCGUGGGUCGAAAGGAUCAGCCCCAAAGGAUCCCCGAGGAUGCGUCCCUGAAUGACAUUAUGAGCGAGGUGGAUCUGCAAAAGGAGUUCGCCACCCGCAUCGCCAUGGAAUCGCAGCUGGGCGAUACCCUCAAGUCCAGGCUUCGCAUCUCGAAUGCCCAGACCACGGACACCGGCAACUACACGUGUCAGCCCACGACGGCCAGCAGCGCCAGUGUCCUGGUCCACGUGAUUAAUGACGAGAAUCCCGCUGCGAUGCAGAAGAGUGGGGCGUGUCCUUGCGCCCCCGGUCCGCUCCAGCUGUUCCUUCUGCCGGAGUUGUUGUUGUUGCGAGCGGUAUUGACUGCUGCUGCUGCUGCUGGCAAGUGAAACCGAAAGCUGUCCUCAGUACUAUGAUCAUCAUCAUCAUCUCCAUGGUCGUCGUUGUUAGCACUCUAAUUGCAGCAGAACGAGAAAAUUAUGUUCCAUGACGUUGGCAUUUUUGCUGUGUGCUGUCUGCCUGUUUUUUCUAGAAUUCUGGAAUGGAAAACGGACCGGCAAGGGAAAGAGGAAAAUGGGGAAAAUGGGAAAGGCAAACACGAGAGUCGCUUUCCCUUUCAGGCGAAUGUUUGUUAUCCUUUUAAUAUUUACAUUUCAUUGUGCAAAAUGAGACACUGAGCCGGGCAGGGGAAUGCAAAAUGCAGAAUGUUAAAUGCAGAGGAAGGACGAGGGACGAAGGACGAAACACCAGAAGGAAGGACGAAGGACGAAGGAUGACACUCUCUGUAAAUACCACAAAGAUGCGGCAAGGCUUACAGAUAUACCUACAUAUACAACAGUGUGUAUUUUAUUUCAUUACUGCGCUCCGCACAAAGGAGCCGCACACGCAUCGACUUUAUAAACAUUUCAUGCUGUCUUAACAGAGAGCCAAGCUAACCGAAAAUAAGGAAAAUAUGAUAAGAAAAGGGGGCGCCCCACACACAGUCACCCACAAAAGUACGCACAUUACACCCCUCAGCCCAGUCCUCCUCUCUACCCCAAAAUUGUAAUAUAUAUAUAAGAGAAAUAACAAAAAAAAAAAAAACGUAAGAACAACUCUCAUCUGAUAAACUAAAAGCAAAAAAAAACUUAAUUAUAAACACUAACUUGUAUGGAAUUUAUUUAUGGGCAAAAUGAAAUUUAGUCACGCGGCACUCGACGUCGAAAUGGAAAUGAAAAUUGAAUAAAAUAUAUGUGAAAUGCAAUAUGUGAAAGCGAAAAGCAAAUUGCUAUUGCGAAACUAAAUCAAUUGCGGCAUGCUCGACUAAGUUUUGGGUUGCACAUGCGAGUAAAACUAUGGGUAGGCAUGAAUUUACUACACGUAAGCCAGUAAGCAGAUUUUAGAUAAUUUAUGUGAUGACAAACCCCAUGAAUAAAUCAAUGGAAUGAACUCUUUCAACAAUAAACUGAAAAC